AUGAAGUCAUGCAUUGUUUUUGUAUGCAUGAUAGGCAUAACUCUGGCACAGGACCCUAUAGAUUUCCGGCCCUAUAAUGUAACGGCCCUGAACCUUUUCUACAGUUCUGAUUAUAAUGGAAAUGGGCAAUUCGAUCGCAGCGAACUCAACGACGUCUUCCGUAACUACGAUGUCAACCACGACGGGCGCGUCGCCCGCCAUGAGUACCUGCACUUCAUAUCUCAGCCACUGUACGACUUCGCUGUGAUCCUGUUUGAAGACUACGACUGUGCACCUCCGCCCGACGGGUUCGUGGAUGAUGUCGACUUCGAUUUAUAUUACAGUGAAAUGGACGCAAAUCAAGAUGGUAUGGUGGUUAUUAGUGAGUUUGUAGAUCACUGGAUACAUGUGCUGGAGAAGAACGAGGCCUUACAUAUGCCUUCUUCCCAAGCUCCAGUUACUCCAUAA